UGUGCUCGUCACUGACAAUUUCACUGACUGUCUGGAAACACUUGUUUUGCGCAUAACUUAUCGACGAACUUCUCGAAACGUACAUUGGAUAUAAUAUUAUAAUACUAUAUUAUUAUUAUUAUUAUUAUUAUUAGUAUUAUCAUUCGCGUCUGACAGUUUUCGGUGUUGUAUUAAAUUUAUACGUAAGACGCACGUCUUACGAACCACCCGGUGUUGCUUUUAAGCAAAUCUCGCUUGCCGUUUAUCCAAGUGUUGUACGUGCGCGUCUCAUGUUAACUCAAAGCCAAAGCCAAACGCAAAACAUGGACGAGACCAACGAGUCGUAUUGUUCAAGAUGCGUGUUCGACCGUCUUCCGCCAGAGAUGAUCAGGUUAAUUUUCCGGGAACUGUCCACGGAAGACUUGCUCCAGGCUUCUACCACGACAGACCGGCUCUAUCAGAUCGCCCAGCACCAUUUGUACCUCUCCAAAGGCGAGUUAUUGGUUCGCGGCGGCCAGGACAUCAGCGGCCGUUUCGAUACGAACCGCGUCACUUCGCUGUACCUGGACGACGUGUACGACUUCGAAGCCGACGUGCCCGAGGAGCUGUUUGCGACCAACGACCGCAGUACGUUGGAUGUGCUGCACGUGGGCUACGGGAAACCGGUACGGUAUGCAGACUUGCCGUCGGCCGGCCUGCAUCAGCUGUUGUCCGGGGUGAAGACCAGGCGCGUCAGCUUCAACAACGUGUUGAUGACCGCCGACGACGUGAUCGACGCCGUGUCCAGCCUGGACGGUGAAGACGAAGAGCCGCCCGUGUUGCGUUGCGCUUACGACCGCGCCAACGACGCGGAAGUUAUGCGACUGAUGGACGAGGUGGAGUCCACCUGCGCCGGUCUGCUUACCGAGUUUAAGGUAACCGUUCGGAGACCGGCGCCCCGUGCGUUCGCGGUUUACCCUCAGGCCAACGGCGGCCUGGUCGAUCCCGAACUGCCCGAAGAUUUGCACCGUUUCUCCGUCACCGAUUGCGCCGGGCUGCAGGCUACCGCAUACAAACGGUUGGCAUCGUGCCGUCGGCUUCGCAGGCUGUCACUGAAAAACGCCAGGAACAUAGAAGACGACGGGUUCGAAGCCAUUGCGGCCAUGCCUUCGCUGGAAUAUCUCGACGUAAACGGACUGAGCAACGUGACGUCCGACGGACUGCUCAACGGUUUCGAGAGCCUCAGCCAACUGAAAUCAUUGGCCCUGCGGGAGUGUCCGUACAUGACCGACGACGUACUUUGCCGGAUCGGCGACUUGCGACAACUGCGUCGGCUCCACCUGGACCUCUCGGAUUGCGUCAAAGUGACGGCCGCGGGCGUCCGGGACAUGUUGCUCGGGUGCGGCCACGGUCUGCGGGAGCUUCGACUCACCUUACCCCUGAACCGCGACUACGCGGACGCGGCAACCGCCGCCGUCGCAUCGGGACGACGUUCCAGUCUCCGAAAGUUCCAGCUCACCUUCGAGCGGUUGUCGUUCCAAGAUCACCAACACAAUCAGCCGGACGACGGCUGGGAACGUGCGCUGGCCGACCGCUUCCGCCGGGCCGGCGUCGACUUCACCGUCGAGCACGCGUUCACCAACAUAACCGUAUCGGUUGACUGAAGAUCAUGUAAAAAACCGGUUGUUUGGUGUGUCACAAACGAAACUAGUCAAAAAUAAGUUCUAUUAAUUUUAUAAUAUUAAAAUGUUAUUAUUAUUGUGUACAUAAACGCGCGUAUUUAUAUUCGACGAAAGAUAUACAAUGUUAAGUUAUGUAUAUAGUAAAUCUUAUUGCGCCUUGUGCAAAAGUUAAAGGUACCUUAAUUUUUUUAAAUAUUUUUGUUUGUUUAUUUAUUUUUUAUACGUUUAGUCUUAAUAAGUCAUGGUUAAAUUAUGUGUGUAUUUCUCCGACUUCAGGCCGGGGUUCGUCAUAUUAUUAUUAUUAUUAUUACUAUUAUUUAUUAAUAUGCUUACCACAUAUAUUUUUCUGUCGUCUGGUAAUAUUAAUAAUAAUAUUGUUAUAUUAUAUAAAUUAUGUCUAUGUCUUAUUUGUGUAUGUAUGUAUGUAUAUAUAUUAUGCAUUUAUAUGUAUAGAAAGACUGUUGUGUGCCUACAAGCAUGUACAUGUGAAACUUAAAAUAAAACGUGCGUUUUACAUUA